AUGGGUUGAUACUUGAUAAAAACAAUAUACAAAGUAUUAGUAUUUUUUUUAAUAAAAAGUUAAUGUAUAUAAUCUGCGAUGUACUUGUAUUGUUAAGGCGAUUGUUGAUCGAAUCUGCGAUGCAACUAGUUCUAAGGUGAUUUGUACGGAGUACUUGAAUUGGAAUUUUAGAUUUUCUAAGAAUGGUUUGUAAGUGCCGUUUGACUAUCUUUUAUUAAUAAUAAAAUCCUUUUUCUUUUGGUAAAAAAAAAAAAAAAAAAAAAAACAUUUACUGGGUGUUGUCAUAAGUGCAUAAACUCAUAAUAAUCUAAAGUAUGAGUUAUUUUGAAAUAAUUCAAACUUUAGUUUAGCUCAUAUAGUCAGUAUUUUUGAACAAAUUAUAGGAGUCUACGAAAUGGGGUUUAGCAGAGGCACUCCAAGUCAAUUCCAAGUCCAAUUACAACUCCAGCAACAUCAACACCCGCCAAUUCGGCCUUCAAAUUCAACCCAAAGUCUGACUCCAAAGCAUAACAACAUCUCUCUUAGGCAAUCCCACAAACAGGUUGUCCCCAUUAUUCCAUGGACUACUUCCAUUGCUCGCCAUUCCAAAAACGGCAACCUUUCUGCAGCAUUCAAUGAAUUCAAUCGAAUGCGACUUUCUGGAAUUCACCCUAAUCAUAUUACAUUCAUCACUCUUCUCUCUGCCAUUGCCCAUUACCCUUCUCAAGCUAAACACUUUGCUCUUCCAAUUCAUGCCUAUCUUCGAAAAUUGGCCCUUAAUAGCCUUAACGUCAAGGUUGGUACUGCCCUCGUUGAUAUGUAUUCUAAAUGUGGCUUUGUUCAUUUCGCAAGACUCUGUUUUGAUGAGAUUUUUGAUAAAAAUUCUCUGUCUUGGAAUACUAUGAUUGAUUGCUAUAUGAAGAAUGGCAAGGUUGAUGAUGCACUCCAACUGUUCGAUGAAAUGCCUAUUAAAGACGUGGUUUCUUGGACCGUCUUAAUUGGUGGCUUUGUGAAGAAGGGUCUUGAUGACAAGGCUUUGGACUGCUUCUAUCAGAUGCUACUUUCUGGGGUUGACCCAGAUUAUGUAACCAUUAUUGCCGUGCUUUCUGCGUGUGCUAAUUUAGGCGCGCUUACUUUAGGGUUGUGGAUUCAUAGGUUUGUCAUGGGGAAGGAGUUUAAGGAUAACAUUCGUCUUUGUAACACUUUGAUAGAGAUGUAUUCACGAUGUGGCCGUGUAGAUUUUGCUCAUCAAGUUUUUGACAAUAUGCCAACUCGUACUUUGGUAUCAUGGAAUACGAUGCUAGGUGGAUUUGCUGCUAAUGGUCAUGCUGAAGAGGCAUUAAAGCUUUUUGAAACAAUGCAGAUAGAAGGAUUCAAGCCUGAUGGAGUAAGCUUCACCGGUGCUCUUACUGCUUGCAGUCAUGCUGGUCUUGUAGAUCAAGGGCUCAUUUACUUUGAAGACAUGCAAAGAGUUUACAAUCUUUCUCCUCGAAUUGAGCAUUAUGGUUGCUUAGUUGAUCUCUACAGCCGUGCAGGGAGGUUAGAGAAUGCGUUAAAUGUCAUAAAAAACAUGCCAAUGAAGCCUAAUGAAGUGGUCUUAGGAUCAUUAUUGGCAGCGUGUAGAGAUUGUGGGGACAUUGGCUUAGCAGAGGUGGUCAUGAAAUAUAUAGUUGAGUUGGAUCCAAGCUCUGAUUCAAACUAUGUGAUGCUUGCAAAUAUGUAUGCUGCUAUUGGAAGUUGGGAGGGUGCAAACAAGGUUCGAAGAAAAAUGAAAACUCGUGGGAUACAAAAGAGACCUGGAGUAAGCUCAAUUGAAAUAGAGGGUAGUAUUCAUGAAUUCAUGGCCAGUAACAAGUCUCAUUCGGAGACAGAUUCUAUCUAUGAAAUUCUAAAGCUUCUGUCAUAUGAACUGGAGAAUUAUGGAUAUGUUCGAGAAGCUUCAAAACCAGAAUUAUAAGGCUGCAAGAAAAGCCCUCCAUAAACCAGCAUCAGGCUCCAUCUCCAUACUCUCAACAACCCCUUUGGCUUGUUCAAUUCUGCCAGCUCUACCCAAC